GUCACAAGACUUGGAUUUUCUCGGAUUUCUUAAAACUAGGAUUUUUUUUACGGAUGUGACAUGACAUAACAAGACUUUGUCUUUGAAAAGAUGCAUCGUCUACUGUCGCCGAUCGUGAUUUGUCUGGUUAUUUUUGCAUUUACCRAUGGCCACCCCAUUCCAACAUACUUCGCUCGYCUUCACGAAGAUGGGUCUCUCAUGGAUAUGAACAGCCCAGAUUAUCGGCUCAAAAUCGAUUUCGUUGACCUUGAAAAUCCAUCGUCAGAGAUCUUGGGKAUUGUCCAUCAAGAGCGCAAAGCGUACAUAAAAGUUCUUCCAGAUGUUGUGGAAAAUGGCGCAGAAGUUGAAGUUUUUUGGCGAAGUCAUAACAACACAAGCAAAAAAGAUUUCAUUGCGCUCUACUGUCCUUACGAUGGAGACCACUCCAGUUAUCUGGACUUCUUGUUUUUGAAUGAAACUAGAUCUACCUUUGCUGGUGGCGAAGGGAAGUUCAAGSUGAAGUUAUAUAACAUGAGAGUGGACUGUGAGUUGAGAUAUUUUCUCAAUGAUGGCAGGAAUGCGUAUCUCAUAUCAAGAAGCAAUAGAAUUAGGUUCAAAAGCAAUGAGCCYCUUCARGGYCAUCUAGCUUUGACGGGAAACCCYUCUGAGAUGAGAGUGAUGUGGACAUCUGGGACAGAUUCAAUGCCCGUUGUUUUGUAUGGAAUCAAUCAAACAUCACUAUCAAUGAAAGCAAGUGGCAAUUCAUCUACUUACAAGGCUAAAGACAUGUGCGGUGAGCCUGCCAAUGGAAUAGGAUUCAGAGAACCAGGGUUCAUCCAUGAUGCACUGCUUACGGGAUUAAAACCUGGAGUAAAGUACUUUUUUCAGUAUGGUUCUGCUGAGGCAAUGAGCAAAAUAUAUAAUUUCACUGCGGCACCAGUGCCAGGAAAAGAUGUCCCCAUUAAGUUUGUAGCGUACGGAGACAUGGGUGUGACACCCUCACCAGGCUCAGUGAUAACGGCAAGAGAAUCUCUCAAAGAAGUCAAGAGAGGAGCACAGCUUAUUCUGCAUGUUGGAGAUAUAUCAUAUGCAAGAGGAUAUGCAUACCUGUGGGACCAAUGGCAUGCUCUUAUUGAGCCCUAUGCAACUCUAGUACCAUAUAUGGUUGGUAUAGGAAACCAUGAGCAGGAUCACUURACUGGAGGCUCAAAGGAUCCCAGUGGUGCACCUGGGGAAGGCUUCCAYCCCUCCUGGGGAAACUUUGGUGAYGACUCUGGGGGRGAGUGUGGGGUUCCUAUGUAUAAACGCUUCCAYAUGCCRGAAAAUGGCAAUGCWCUCUGGUGGUACAGCUUUGAUUAUGGUAGCGUUCACUUUGUUAUGAUGAGUACRGAACAUAACUUUACCAAAGGAUCCGUUCAAUACAAGUGGUUGGUUGAAGACUUGGAAAAUGUGGACCGUAGUAUCACUCCGUGGAUUGUCUUUAUGGGACAUCGGCCAAUGUACACCAGCCAACUGGUAUUAAAUAGAGACCCAAUCGUUGCUGCCCACAUGCGAGAGGAAUUUGAAGAUGUCCUCUAUAAAUACAAAGUUGACCUAACUCUAUGGGGACACUACCACAGUUAUGAAAGAACAUGCCCAGUUUAUAGAGARGAAUGUGUUCCUGAUGGCCCUACGUACAUGGUAGUYGGUACUGCGGGUUACAUUCUGAGUUUUAAUUUGCCUUUUUGGACUGGGAAAAAAUGGUCACUUCAUCACGAAGUGCAUUAUGGGUAUGGUCGUGUGACAGUUGUCAACAGUACUGCAAUGUACUGGGAAUGGAUUAAGAACUAUAAUCAAGAAGUCAAAGAUAAAGUCUGGAUAUACAGGAAAGAUUCGUAAUGACCAGAAACAUUUUCUUUUUUUUCCUUUUUUGAACAUGCUGAAAAAAGAUGUUCCCUGUUGAAUCGAGGCUGUUGAAUCGACAAGCAUUGAUGGAGAAUUUAGACUUUCUCAUUGUGGUCGCUUUGUAAAGGGUGACCACUUUAGGAGAGGUACCACAGUAAUUAAUUUAAUCAGAACAAUGAGACCACUUUAUGGUCAUUCCAACCAAUCAAUUUCUAUUUAAUCGUAAAUUAUUUUCAUUGUUAUUCGAUUUUUUCAUACAUAAAUUUUAGUUUUUUUAAUUAAAGCACUUCUAUUAUUA